AUGUUAAACCAAGAAGAAAAAGAAAUUAAUAAAUUAUCAUCUGUUUUUGUUGGAAAACUAGAAAAUGAUAAAAUUGAUCAAAAUAAAAAUCAAGUUGUAAUUUCGAUAGGAAUGAAAAAAAAAGAUAAAAAGGAAUUAAUAAAAUCCAUUCAAGAAAGUAAUGGAAACAUAAAUGAAAUUUCAAUAAAAUUAUCAAAAAAUACUAAUACAACCAUAACUGAAGAAAAAGAUAAAAAAAUAGAUGAAUUAGAAAUGAAAAUUAAAGAAAUGGAAUUAAAAUUAAAAGAAAUGAAAUUACGUUCAAAAAAACAAAAUUUAAGAAUAAGGAAACAAGAUCAUUUAAUUAUAGAAAUUAAUAAUAAAAUUAAUAAUAUUAUUAUAAAUUCAUCAUCAAUAAUUACCACACAAACUAAAGAUAGUAAUUUUAUUAAUAAUAAUAAUAAAAAUAAUAAUAAUAAUAAUAAUAAUAAUAAUAAUAAUAUGAAUAAUAAUAAUAAUAAUAAUAAUAAUAAUAAUAAUAAUAAUAAUAAUAAUAAUAGCAAUAAUAAUAUCAAUAAUAGUAAUAAUAGUAAUAACUCAAUUUAG